CGGCUGAAGGGAGGCGCCUUCAGAUCCAGAGACGCAGCUUCACCACCGAGCUCUGCUGAUAUGGAGGAGCUCAGGCUGAGUCUGGAGGACCAUGGCCGUGUUUUGGUUGGGAUCUGGAUGUGCUGGAGCCCAGUUAACCCCUCCUGAAGCCUGGUAAACCCUUCAUGAAGCCCUGUUAACCCUUUCCUGAGCCUGGCUGGAGCUGGAGAGAGGAGAAGACAAGGGAUGCAUCCUCUUCUGCUGUGUGGACUCUUGCCAGUGGUGUCCAAUGGCGAGCAACAUGGACAACAACAGAUCCAGAUCAGGUCUGAUUUUGGAUUUUGGGAACCAGAGCGGUGUGGUGGCCGGCGGUCCGGUGAAGGGUUCUGGGGGGAGCACGGUUCUGCACGGGGUGGCAGUGGCCGCUCAGGCCCUCUUGCUUCUGGCCAUCUUUCUGCUGUCCAGCUUGGGCAAUUCGGUCGUGGUGAUGGUCAUCAUCAAGCACAGGCAGUUGAGGACAGUGACCAACGCUUUCAUCAUGUCCCUGUCUUUGUCUGACUUCCUCACGGCCGUCCUGUGCUUGCCGUUUUCCUUCAUGAUGCUUUUCAGCAAGGACGGCACCUGGAUGUUUGGGGACCCCUUCUGCGUGGCCAAUGGCUUCUUCAACACCUGCUUUGGCAUCAUCUCUACGUUGACCAUGACCCUGAUUUCGUUCGACCGCUACUACGCAAUAGUGCGGCAGCCACAGGAGAAAAUUGGUAGAAAGAAGGCCAUGCAGUUGCUGGUGGCGGUGUGGCUGUCCGCCGUGGUCUUCUCCUUCCCUUGGUACCUUUUUUUCUGGACGUCAGACCACCACCUAGUGGUCCACAAGCCUGGCUUCUACCACUGCAUGUACGUUUUCCACUCUGGAAGCUCGAGAAUGGGGACGGGCUACAGCGUGGCCUUGAUAGUGGUGUGUUACCUCCUCCCUUUCGCCCUCAUGUGCUUCUGCCACUACAACAUCUGCAAGACGGUAAGACUCUCCGAGAUCAGGGUACGACCGGUGACGACUUACGCCCACCUGCUGCGCUUCUACAGCGAGAUGAGGACGGCCACCACGGUCCUCAUCAUGAUUGUCUUCAUCAUCUUCUGCUGGGGGCCGUACUGCCUGAUGGGAAUAGUCACAGCAGUCGGAGACUUCACCUUCAACCCGGCCAUGGACACCGUGGCCAUGUGGAUGGCGUGGGCCAACGGCGCCAUCAACCCGUUAAUCUAUGCCAUUAGGAACCCCAACAUAUCCAUGCUUCUGGGAAGAAGCAGGGAGGAAGGCUAUAGGACUAGAAACAUCGCGGCUUACCUCUCGAGAACGAGAGCUGACCGGAUAAGAGACCGUACCCGUCCGGACAGGAUCAGAGACCGUUACGCCAGCCGCCACGGUGCAGGAAGUCGCGUGUCUUCCUCCAGCCCUGCCAACGGUGGCGAGGUGGCGAUGUGGGCCUGCAAAAACCCGGCAGUCUUCUUCUGCAGGGACGGCCAGCCAGACACCGUCACCGAAGCAGCUGUGCAAAAGGCCGAGACGGCCAACACCAGCUUGUGAUUGGUUUCUUUACCUUGUUUUACUCUUUUCCAGGACUUCAGGGUUCUUUAAUUGGUUUAAUAGGUUAUUUGGGUGAUGUCUUAGAACCGGAAGUCUUUCAAUCUGGGACUGGGAACAGUGGAACAGUGUUUGGUCACUCUAGUUGAUCUAGUUAACCAGUUGGUUCAGUUGGAUCAAUUGGCCAACAAUUAUUAUAAAUCUACAACAGAAAACAAACUGGGCCUAUAUUUGAAGACCUCUUCCAUAGAAGAACCACCUUUGGUUCCCACUCAAGUGGUGCUCAAAGCACUCAAAGCUGUGUUUCUGUUGAAAAUACAAAAAUUAUAUACAUUUUAGUUGCUUUAACAUCAUUUGAAGGUAAAACCUAUUUUCAGGUACAAAUCUCUUUUAUUUCCUUUUUCGGACAUGUUUAGACAUCUAGGGCACUCCUAAAAAGACCCACGGAAAGCUGUGUUAAAGCAUUGAUUCUCAAAGCAGCUUUUAAAAGUGCAAAGUGGUUCUUGGAAUAAUUAAUACAUUGGUGGAGAUUAUUAGCAUUAAAUAGAGUUGAUAGGUUCUUUAAAACUUUUUUUCAAACAUGGUUCUUUAAGACAGACCUUAAGAGACCCCAAGAUAGUUCUAUAAAAAUCUGGUUCUUAAACCAGUUCAACUACAGUUAAGGUGAGAAAGGUUCACAAUCAGGUGCACAAACCAGAAUAGAACCUGUUCCACAUUGGUGGAAAUUAGCUGUACAGCUCUGGAAAAAGAAAAAUAUGAGUCCACUUCAGUUUCUGAAUCAGUUUCUCUGAUUUAGCUAUUUAUAGGUUUGUAUUUGAGUAAAAUGAACAUUGUUGUUUUAUUCUAUAAACUACAGACAACAUUUCUCCCAAAUUACAAAUAAAAAUAUUCUCAUUUAGAGCAUUUAUUUACAGAAAAUGAGAAAUGUCUGAAAUAACAAAAAAAAAGAUGCAGAGCUUUCAGACCUCAACUAAUGCAAAGAAAAAAAAACAGUUCAUAUUCAUAAAGUUUUAAGAGUUCAGAAAUCAAUAUUUGGUGGAAUAACCCUGUUUUUUAAUCACAGUUUUUUUUCAUGCAUCUUGGCAUCAUGUUCUCCUCCUCCACCAGUCUUACACACUGCUUUUGGAUAACUUUAUGCUGCUUUACUCCUGGUGUAAAAAUUCAAGCAGUUCAGUUUGGUGGUUUGAUGGCUUGUGAUCAUCCAUCUUCCUCUUGAUUAUAUUCCAGAGGUUUUUAAUCUGGUAAAAUCAAAGAAAAUCAGCAACGGUCUGUUAUUUUUUCCUAGAGCUGUAUGUGUUGAAAGUUGGGUUGGACUCAAAGGUUUUGAGAACCUUUCAGUAUGUUCUAAACACACAUACAUUAAAUAAGAGAACUAAGAGAACUACUCUACCUUAACUAAGUGUUAAGGUAGAGAUCUUUAAAUCUCCUUUUUUGACCAUGGUUCCUCAGGGCAGUACCCAUAAAAAGUGUUUUAUACUAAAGUAUAUAACGUUUCUUUAAACAAAAUUUGCAGGGUUUAGAACCUCCACUGUAUGAGUUAUGCUUUGGGUAAACUGGUUUGAGAACCACUUAAAUAGUUAAAAUUGCUUUUAUAAAUCAGAUACAUGCGUUUGAAGAACAUUUUUAGAGUGUAAAUGUUCUAGAAACAAAAAAAAAUCCCUAAAAAUCCCUAAAAUUGGUGAACCAAAAGUGGUUCUUCUGUGGCAUCACUUAAAGAACACUAUGAUUUCCUCGGAUUUAUUCACUCUGGUUUUAUUAUAAGUGAGCAGAAGAAUUAAAUAACUGCUCCACAAAUUCAUCCACGUCAACAGAUGUUCAUUAUUAUUUUAUUUUUUUAAUUGUUCAUUUUAUUAUUAUUUAUUAUGGGAUUGAAAGGUGCACAGAUUCAGGGCCAGUGUUUAGACUAAACUCCAGUGCUAAUGAUAAAUCAGUAUUCACCUUGUUCAGUGGCUUGAACUUUUAUUUUAUUCUAUAAUUCUAUCAGCAUACAGCUCUUGAAAAAAAAUAAGAGACCACUUAAAAUGAUGAGUUUCUUUGAUUUUACCAAAUUGAAAACCUCUGGAAUAUAAUCAAGAGGAAGAUGGAUGAUCACAAACCAUCAAACCACCAAACUGAACUGCUUGAAUUUUUGCACCAGGAGUAAAGCAGCAUCAAGUUAUCCAAAAGCAGUGUGUAAGACUGGUGGAGGAGAACAUGAUGCCAAGAUGCAUGAAAAAAGCUCUGCAUCUUUUUUGUUAUUUCAGCCAUUUCUCAUUUUCUGUAAAUAAAUGCUCUAAAUGAGAAUAUUUUUAUUUGGAAUUUGGGAGAAAUGUUGUCUGUAGUUUAUAGAAUAAAACAAUAAUGUUCAUUUUACUCAAACAUAAACCUAUAAAUAGCAAAAUCAGAGAAACUGAUUCAGAAACUGAAGGGAUCUCUUCAUUUUUUUCAGAGCUGAAUGUAAGAACUGGCCUGUUAAUUAACUUAAUUAGUUGAAUCAGGUUGUUUUACAGCAGAAAAUUGCUGGAAAUGUGCACAAAAUACAGUGUUCUGAGGUUCUCCAGUACUAGGAAUGGGAAAUCAGAUUUACACAGCAGUGCAGUCCAUUGGAAACCUGAAGAUAGUUCAUGUUUUUGGUCUUUUUUUAGCUAACAGGUAUAACAGUUUAUAAUUGCUGGGUUUAGGUAAUGGUAAUUGGAAAUGGAAACACUGGCCCAGGUCUUGUCUUAAAGAGGAAUUCAACUGAUUUUACAAUAGUUCAAAUGUACUGAAUUUGUUUAUACUUUAGGAAAUUGGAAAAAUCAGUGGAUUUCCCCUUGGUCUUUACUGUAUGUUAUCUGUAUGUUAUUUGGUAAGAUUUGGUAAGUGCCAAAAUGCAUUUAAACACUGUGGGGGAAAAAUGAAAAGAAAAUUAAGAGUGAAGUUUUUGCCUGUGCCAUUUUAUUAAUCUUAAAGUCUAUCUGAGAACUGCUUGGUCAUCAGAAGCGAAUAUAUAAGAAACAGAGGAAUUGAAAAAAUUUAAUGUAUUAACUGGUUUGUUUGUCUCCAUAUUAAACAAAGAUAUAUUUAUUUAUUUGUCAUUUAUGCCCCAUUCCAUUAGAGAAGUACUACAGUGUCCAAAUGCCUCAAAUACCUAGUUGUUGUGGAGACAACGUACAAUGUAACAUAAUUGCAAAGAGGUCAUGCUGCUUCUCCAUCAGCAGCCGGAGUCUGAGAGAGAGAGAGAGAGAGAGAGAGAGAGUACAGUAGGUCAUGCUGUUUCUCCAUCAGCAGCCGGAGUCUGAGAGAGAGAGAGAGAGAGAGAGAGAGAGAGAGUACAGUAGGUCAUGCUGUUUCUCCAUCAGCAGCCGGAGUCUGAGAGAGAGAGAGAGUACAGUAGGUCAUGCUGCUUCUCCAUCAGCAGCCGGAGUCUGAGAGAGAGAGAGAGAGAGAUUACAGUAGAUUAUGCAGUUUCUCCAUCAGCAGCUGGAGUCUGAGAGAGAGAG